CCGACUUCCCCAAUGAACUCUCUUGGCCUUUCUACACACUUCAUUUCACCACCUUUAUUAUUAAUUAACAUCUUCCUUUGUCUUAUUUCUCAUUCACUCACACAUCUUUAAUUUAUUUUCUCUCAUAUUUCACUUCACACUCUCCUUAUCUCCUACUACAUAAAUUGCAUUCCACAAAAUAUUUACCACCAUCAACACAAACAUGCAUAUCCUUAACCCUUCAAUGCUAUUUGCACCCCCAAAUACCAAAGAAAAACAAUGUCAUGAUACAUCUUUUCUACCAUGUCAAGUUACUAACAUACCCUCAGAGUUCAUAUGGCCUGAGCAUGAAAAACCAUGUCUUACACCACCAAAACUUCAAGUUCCACCAAUUGACUUAAAAGCCUUUCUCUCUGGUGAUCCAAAAGCUAUUUCAAAUGCUUGUUCACAGGUGAAUGAUGCAUGCAAGAAGCAUGGUUUUUUCCUUGUUGUUAACCAUGGAGUUGAUAAAAAACUAUUAGCUCAAGCUCAUAAGCUUGUAGAUGAUUUCUUCUGCAUGCAACUCUGUGAGAAACAAAAAGCUCAAAGGAAGGUUGGAGAACAUUGUGGUUAUGCUAAUAGUUUCAUUGGAAGAUUUUCUUCCAAACUUCCUUGGAAGGAAACACUUUCUUUUCGUUACUCAGAUGAUAAGUCAUGCAGAACUGUGGAGGACUAUUUUGUAAAUGUCAUGGGAGAAGAUUUCAGGCAAUUUGGGAGUGUAUACCAAGACUAUUGUGAAGCUAUGAGCAAUCUCUCUCUUGGAAUCAUGGAACUUCUUGGGAUGAGUCUAGGAGUUGACAAAGAAUAUUUUAGACAUUUUUUUGAAGCAAAUGACUCAGUAAUGAGAUUGAACUACUAUCCACCAUGCAAAAAUCCUGAUUUAGCUUUAGGAACUGGACCCCAUUGUGACCCUACUUCCUUAACCAUUCUCCACCAAGAUCAAGUUGAGGGUCUUCAAGUGCUUGUUGAUGGAAUAUGGCACUCAAUUGUUCCGAAAGAAGAUGCCUUUGUGGUCAACAUUGGUGACACAUUUAUGGCGCUAUCAAAUGGGAUAUUCAAGAGUUGUUUACAUAGAGCAGUUGUAAAUGACACAAUAGUGAGAAAAUCACUAGCAUUUUUUCUAUGUCCAAAUGAAGAAAAAAUUGUCACUCCUCCAAAGGAACUAAUUAACAAGGAGAAUCCAAUGAUAUAUCCAAACUUUACAUGGCCAAGUUUACUUGAAUUUACUCAAAAACAUUACAGGGCUGAUGAAAGAACCCUAGAUGCUUUUUCAAGGUGGCUACAAGAGAAACAACUCAACUAAUUAGAGGUGCCCCCACUUUUGUCAUAUUGCAAAAAACUUUUAAAUUUUAAACUUGAUUUUUUUUAACUUAAGGAAGAUGACAUCACAUAAAGUGAAAAGAGGGUGUGCUUUUGAAUGGGGGAAGAAGAUAAUAGAAAACACCAAAGAAUAGGGCCAACUCUGAAAUUAGUGUUUAAGUGUUGUUAGUGUUGGAAUAAUACUAAUUAUGCAAAUGGAGGAAAUGAAACGAUAUAUAUAUUCCUCUAGGAAUAAAUAAUGCUUGAUGUGUAAUCAUGUUUUUUUGUCACUAAUAAAGCAUUUUUAGUUGUCCUCA